UGAUCAGCUUGCAAGCUGGACCCUAAUUGGCAGCUCAGACCUCCCUUUCUUCCAUCUCGGUGAUUUCCACUUAUCUCCGGCUCCCGGGUGGAUGACGCAAAUGACUAUCUAGUAAUCUACAUGCGAAGGAUAUAAGACUAACCACUGGCAACUAUAGAACCCUCAAACCAACUUGAUUAUGAUCCGUCUGCAGCACACAGUCACUUGAUAACUUGGCUUCUGAUUCUCAUCCUAUCUCUUCAUCUCCAUAUCAUAUACCAAUUCAUCAUCAACCAUCAUGGCCGCCGCCGAAAUUGACGCUUUUGCGGGCCCGCUCGCCGAAUUUUUCGCCCACGGUUUGCGCUCUCCCAUCCUCCGUCGGCCGGAUGAGGAAGGUCUCCAGUAUGAGGAGGUCUGGUUCCCAUCUCUGGAUGGCGUGGUUCUCGAGGGCUGGUUCAUUCCUGCCAAGGGCUCCAACAAGUUGAUCAUCGCCAACCACCCCAUGCCCUGCAACCGGUCCGGCUACCCGGGCCACCUCCCCGGGUUCGAGAUGUUCGGCGGCUUUGAGGUCAACUUUAUCAAGGACUACAAGGCCCUGCACGAUGCGGGCUACAACGUCCUCUGCUACGACCUGCGCAACCAUGGGCGGAGCGGCGCCGGCUCCGGCGGGAUCGUUGGCAUUGGACUGUUCGAGGCCCGGGAUGUGGUGGGCUCGAUCCAGUACGCCCGCUCGCGUCCGGAUACCGCCCACAUGGAGAUCGGUCUCCUGAGUCGGUGCCUGGGCGCCAACUCCACGAUCGUUGCGUACGACAAAUUCCCCGGGUACCUCAAGGAUGUCAAGGCGCUCAUUGCUCUGCAGCCGGUUUCCAGCCGGGUCUUUGUGGAGGUUGGCGCCAAGAACGCGGGCCUGGAUCCCAAGGCAGCCGCCGAGGCCUUCGAUACCAAGAUCUUCCAUCUGACUGGGCUUCACAUCGACGAGCUGACCCCGAUUCCGUACACGAAGGCUGUCACAGUUCCGACCUUGGUGGCUCAAGUCCACAGGGAUGUGAGUGUGGUCCCUGAUGACGUUCAAGCGAUCUAUGACGGCAUUGGGGCGCGUGAGAAGGAGCUGUUCUGGAUUGAAGGGACUACCAGGCGUUUUGAUGGCUACAAUUAUUUUGGUGAACACCCGGAGAGAAUGCUGCAAUGGUUCAACAAGUACAUGUCUUGAAAGGCCCCAUGCGUUGUGCUGUGAUACUUGUUAUGAGCUGCUCAUGUAGUUUAGCUAUUCUUGGAGGGUAUACUCAUUCAACGCUUGGGUUAGACUGUACGAUUAUGCUAAACCUACAUUAAAAUAUAGCUGCGGUACUAAAGAUAGCCCCCAGACACAAAACAGUAAGUAGGGGUGGAGCGGGAGAAGAUCUCUUCGU